AUGAACGAAAAGGACAUAUUAUUUGCAGUUCCAACUGUUCGAGAUUCAAAAACUAACAAGUCAACUACUAAAGAAAAUUAUGUAUUAAGAUUAAGAGCAUGUUUGUCUUGCAGAAUCAUUCUAAGCGAUCAGCAAUUUUACGAAGGUGGGUGCCCUAACUGCACUCGUCUAGCAAUGGAGUUUGACCGUCAGAAGGUUAAUUCUUGUACUUCAAUGUCAUUCAAAGGAAUGAUAUCUAUGCUAAAACCAAAUGAGUCGUGGGUUGCAAGAUACAACAAACUUUUACCUAACAUUGUACCUGGUUGUUAUGCAGUUUCAGUUAGUGGAGAUAUGGUUUCAGAUGACGAGGGUAAUUAUAAUGGGGAAUAUUAA